AUGAAAAUUUCAAUACAUAUCUCAAUCUUUACUUUGGUUUUAAUUUCCAUCCUAUUUUUCUUUGGCUCUGCCAAAGGUUAUGCAGAAGAAGAUAAUUGUCCAAAGAACGCUUGUUGUUUUUUUAGUCGAUCACAAUUUAGAGGAUCCAAAUUCAUAUGGUACAAGCGCGAUGGUACAGUCGAUUUACCAAAUGACCAUUCCGGUCAUGUAGGUUCCUACAUUGCAAAUAUCGAAUGCUGUCUACACUCCAACGAAAAUGAAAAAUACCAUAUUCGUGGUUUGAAAUUAGACUACACUAGAGAGAGAGGUGCAGUAUUAUCCAACAGAGUAUCUGAUAGAUGUUAA